AUGACAUUUGAAGUUUUCAUAAAUUUUUCUAAAAAAUAAACAUGUAACAAAAAUUGUAGUAAUUAUUACGCUAAGGCUUAUUAGAAAAUUGAUUCUAAAAUUAUUUAUCAAACAUUUUGUAGUGAUAAUUCUUAUCUAUAGUCCUAAUAAUUAUUGAUACAAAACAUUAACAACUUCUAUAAAAAAAACAUUAAAAUAAUAAAUGACAUAAACGACUAGUAACUAAUUAUGCGUUCCAAAGUCGAGUCAUUUUCAAUGUUAAAGAAACAGUUAUUUAACGAUAUUAGUGAAUCACAUUUAAUCUGUAGAAUCUACUAAAAACGAUGAAAAUAACAUAUGAUAUAAAGUAAUGGCGCUGUCAUGCACGUAAAAGCGGAAGUAAUUAUACUAUGAUAGGGCUACUACCCAUUUGAUCUUAAAAUUAUGUGAUGAAAUGCAAUAAAUGGAAGAUUUUCAUUCCAAUCAUUUAGAAUGGCAACAUUUUGGUCAGGGAGACCUGGAUGGCUAGGGAAAUUAGGAAUAGCUUUGCUAGCUACAUGGCUUUUAAUAUUAAUUAUAUCAGUUCUACAUGUCUUCAAAACAAAUUCGAUAUCGUCACAAGAUGGAAAUCCUACGAAUAAAGAAAAUGCUCAACGUUUAGCACAAAUGAUUAAUGAUUUUGAGAUUCUUAAGAAGCAAAAUGACGGUCUAAAAAAUAUUAUAUUAAGGGAUGGAGUAAAAUCUAUACAAGGGGAUCAUUUAGGCUCUGUUCAAGAAAGAGCCGAUAGAGCUUCAAUUUAUUAUGAUCUAUUAGAUCAGCAUGUUGGAUCUAAACAUAAUAUACCUUCAUUAGAAUAUGAAGAAUUACGUCGUAGAAUAAGAAAUAAUGUACAGGAAAUGUGGUAUUACAUGAGUGCUGAAUUAACAAAAUUCAAAAAGCACAUAGAUGAAUUUACUCUUGAACAAAAAGAAAAAGAAGUUCAAGAUGCUGUAAGUAACAUUUGGGAACAUAAGAAGUCUCUUAUUAUGGAUUUAGAUAGAUUAACAAAAGCUGAUGGUUAUAAUGACUGGCGGAAAAAAGAGGCAAAAGAAUUAUCGGAUCUUGUCCAAAGUCGAUUUAGGUAUCUACAAAAUCCUACUGAUUGUAAUAAAGCAAAGAAGUUAAUAUGCAGUUUAAAUAAAGGCUGUGGUUUUGGUUGCCAAAUACAUCAUAUCACUUAUUGCUUUUUGGUCGCUUAUGGAACGGAACGAACGCUUGUAAUCAAAUCAAAAGGCUGGAGAUAUCGUAAAGAAGGUUGGGAAUCAGUUUUUAAACCUCUUAGUGACACAUGUUUAUCUACAAAUGGUGUAUCUCAUGCUAAUUGGCCUGGUGAUCCUUCUAAGCAAGUUAUUUCCUUGCCAAUCGUGGAUAAUGUUUAUCCUAAACCAAAAUUUCAACCUCCCAGUGUACCAGCAGAUAUAGCAGAAAGGUUGAAGAAGCUUCAUGGCCAUCCAUUAGUUUGGUGGGUUGGACAGGUGUUAAAAUACUUGAUGCGGCCUCAGGAUAGUAUGCAAAAAGUAUUAGAUAAUGCUAAGGAAAAAUUAGGUUUCAAAAAACCUAUUGUUGGCGUUCAUGUUCGUAGAACCGAUAAAGUCGGUACUGAAGCAGCAUAUCAUGAUAUAGAUGAAUAUAUGACUAAGGUAGAUCAAUAUUUUGAUGAACUCGAGACAAAGCCAGAUGUAAAACGAGUAUUUUUGGCUAGUGAUGACCCAAAAGUAAUUACAACAGCAAGAAAUCGCUAUCCUAAUUAUAAAAUUAUUGGUGAUCCAGAAAUAGCUGAGACAGCAUCAGUAUCAAAACGUUAUUCAGAUUCAUCUUUACAAGGAAUAAUUAUAGAUAUACAUCUUUUAUCCUUAUGUGAUUAUCUAGUGUGUACAUUUAGUUCACAAGUAUGUAGAGUUGCAUAUGAAUUAAUGCAAACUUAUUACCCAGAUGCAUACAAUAAGUUUGCAUCAUUGGAUGAUAUUUACUAUUACGGUGGACAAAAUUCACAUCCUCAUGUAGCUAUUUUGGAUCAUAAACCAAGAAAGAAUGGCGAAUUGGAAUUGAAGACCGGUGAUUUAAUUGAAGUUUACGGAAACCAUUGGGAUGGUUAUUCCAAAGGGUAUAACACCAGAACUAGUAUGACAGGACUAUUUCCUAGUUUUAAAGUAAAAAAUCCUGUUGAUGCUGUUGACUUUCCAAAAUAUCCAGAUAUAAUGUUACAUGAAAAUAAAAAUAAUUAAGAGAUCACAUUUUGGUAAUAACCAAAUAAUUAGAUAUAAAUAAUUUUAUUAGAUUUUAUUAAUUGCUUGCAGAGAAUUGUAGUUUACUCUUUUAAUUAAAUUAUAUUAUAAAAAAAGAUAGUAUGACUCAUGAUGUAUAUAUUUUGCUAUUUACAACUGAGAGGAGUCAGUUAUUGUAUAUUCUAUAUAUGUACGAAUUGGGAUAAAGAAAAAUUUAUUAUAUUUACUUAUGUGCAAUCACUGCUGCAAAUGAAUGUAUUUAUGAAAGUUAUAAAAUAUAAUUGUACACAUUAAUAAAUUAUUACUGUAUACAAUUAUAUGAUCAUUACAACUGACAAUAUAGAAAAAAAAUACGAUAAGUUAAAUGAAUUGUAAAAAAAAUCUUACAAUAUAAAACAAAGUUAUUUAAAAAAAAAAAAAAAAAAAAAAAAAAAAAAAAAUGUUUGAAGCAAACAUUAUGUA